ACAAACUUAUAAGAAAGAAAAAAAAAUACAGAACCGUUUUUAUUUUAUCCUUUCUUAAUUAUUAUUCAUUCAUUUCUCACUCAACUUAAUUUCUCGCCGCGGAAGUUACUAAUCCUCACCGUUGAUCCACGCGCCGCCGAUCUGCUCUUCUGAUUCGCCGGCUGUAGCUUUGGUUGUUCUAAGAGGAGGAAGUCGUAUAUAUAAAUCAUUUUAUGGCGUGCCAAUGAGCAGAACUGAUGUUAUUUGCAGUAGAAGGUGGAGGAUUCUUCUCUGCUUCGGCUUCAGGGUAUAGCAAGGGCCUGAGCCUACUCCUUUUGGGUCAGAGGAAUGAGGAUAAACCCAUGAGAGUUGCACCGUGGAAUCAGUACCAGUUGGUAGACCAAGAAUCUGACCCUCAACUCCAGCUGGCUUCCACAAAGAAUCGCUUUUCCCGCGGGUGUGCCUCCUUUGUUUGCUUUGGUCGCACUUCCGCAGGGCUUGAUACUCCGUCACCUCUUAAAGUGGGCCCUGCCCGACAGCAUGAUGUUUCACCUGGGCAAACGGUUUCUAACAAUGGAAAGGAUCCCUCUGAUCAUGUAGAUGAUUGUAAUGAUGCUAUAAAAGUCACUCUAAAAAGUAGCAUUAGAAGGCCACAAAAUAAUAAAUCAGUUUCUGUUGAGGCUACUAUUGAACAAGAAGCAUCAGGCGGACAUGUGGUUUGUACUCCUGGGGAUCAAGCAGAGAGAAGGAGAGUGCAGUGGACAGAUGCUUGUGGUAGCGAGCUUGUUGAAAUACGAGAAUUUGAGCCCAGCAAGGAGUGGCGCUUCUGUUGCCAUAUGCCUCUCCUGAAACUUUUGGGUGUCUGUGAUUAGAGGUGAAUAAUAAUAAUAAUAUAUGUUGGGAAUUUCAGCAUUUCUUGCAUGCUUUUUAUAUGGUGUUUUGAUUAAUGGCUAUUGUAACGUGGUUUCUUGGAACCAGAUAUUGAACGAGGAAGGAAGGAUUCGUUAUGUUGAUUUUAUUUUCCGAUUUGUUUGGGUUUGUUUUUGACCAUUAAUUAGAGGGUUUCGUACCCUCUCUAUCACUUUAUUGAUCUGUUCAGGGCUUGCAUUUAUUAUCAACUAUCAUUAUUCAUUAGGCACAAUUGGCUGACUUUCUACUUAUUUGAAAUUUUCUGUGUCUGUGACUCUUUGCACAUAAUGUAUAUUAUAGUUCUUCACCAUAUCCAUGUUGGUUAUUUCUUUAGUGUAUAAACCAGUAUUACUUAUAUGAACUUCAGUGGUUUUAUCAGUUUUGUGUGUGUGUGUGUGUGUGUGUGUGUGGAUUUUGACCUAUUAAUUACCUUCAACAAUAACUUCUAUAGGAUAAUCCAAGGAAUUUGAUUAUAUCUUAUAGUCUAUUUGAUUUUAGUUCUAUUUGAUUUUAUUUGUAUUUAUUGCAGUCCAUUAUUAGUUGUCCUGAUUAUUGGGACAACAUUUAUUGUAAUUUCUUUUAUAUAAACAGUCCUAGACUUUUGUAAUAAACAUGAAAGUAUUUUCCCCAUUACUUUCUACAUGGAUGAGAUAUAACUUCAAAAAGUGUUUACAAGUGGGAGGCAUCCCGGUUUUGCAGAAUUUGGUUAAGCAUUACUCUUUGGUUGAUCUGUAGGCGUCGUAUACUACUACUGGUUUAGCAUGAAAUGAGAAUAGUUCAUACCUUGUUCAUAGAGAUUAAAUCAGUACAGCAGAGGGAAAUUAAAGUAGAAUACAUGGUCAAAACUUAUGGUAGUGUCAUUUGCAGUGUCAUUUGCAGAUUAUUAUUAUUUUUUUUCCGGUGGAUAUACCUGGCUAAGCGUGUUCCAGGUUGAUAUCCAUCUAAUAACUUGCUACUUUUUUUAUAUAUUUUUCUCCCUCCCGUAAGAAGCUACUCAGCGGUCCUCAUUGCAACUCCACAGACCAAUCAAAUGUAAAAACCCAAUGUUAACUACUGCUUCUAAAUCUAAUCACUGAAGCUUUACAGCUUAAUGCUUGUAGAGUUGUAGUCCUAUGCAUAUGAACUGCAUGUCCUGCAGUGCUGAUUUGCUUCCUUCGGCACCAUUGUCAUUGACAUUGGGUAUGGAAUCUGUCCAAAAGACUGGAUGUGGGAAUGAAUGCAGCUAUGGUGGAUACCUUGGCCUACUUGUUCUGCUCGACCUGAAAUAAUUUGCAGGACACGACAUGAUUUGUAGAUAAAUAUGUUGGGUAGCAAAGCAAUCUCUAAUUCACAAUUUGAACUGUAAGGAAUAGUUGGAGGGGCUAUGGUGUUACAUAUUGAAGUGGUUUUGCAAAGGAACAUAUAUUAGGUUUUUGUGCUGACUAGCCGAGCAGAUUUAGUUAAUAAUCGAGUUUUUGCAUGUUAUGUUGUCUUGAAAAAGGUUGUUGCUGUGGACAUUCUAUCUGCCACAUCAGCAAAUUGUGGUAGUGUUGUUGCCUCUACUUAAGGAUCCAAUUGAAAGUGGAAUAAAACUAUAGGAACUUAAUUAGAAUAGAAAAAGUUUAUGGAGACUUGAUAGAAACUAAUUUAGGUCUCAAUUCUUCUCCAAUAUCAUUCAAUCAUAUUGUAGUAAGUAGUAACUGGAGAUAUCUUUUUAUUUAACAAAUGAAAUUGAGGUCUUACUGCAGUUAGUUUGUUUGUCAAUAACCUGUCCUAUACUCUGUAUAAUUUGUGUAUAAUGCAUAUCAAUAAGAACGAGCUGUCAUACCUGUUAUUAUAUGACUUGGCUUGGCUGUGAUAAAAAUUUCUUACAUUUUUCUUGUCAUCUUUUAUUUGUUUUCAUGUUUUAUUACCUGCCUGUAAUUGAUUCUAUGCGAUGUAAUUUGUCAUUCAACUGCAGUGAAGUGGAUGGAUCAGAUGAUGAAUAUGAUAAUGGAAA